AUGCAAAUGUUAUUUGUUGUUUUAUUAUUGACUAUUGUUCAAUCUCAACCAGUCAAUGGACAACCAGAACAACCAGUUCCUCAUCCACCUGUUAUUCCAUUAACACCUGAACUUCAAUUAAAUGCACCAAUUUCAAAUGGACCAAAUCCAAAUCCUAUUCAAAAAACUAAUGUUAAUACUCAUAUAGAACUCCUUCCAACAGCUGGACAAUUACUUAUUAGUACUGCUACAUUGGCUUGUAGACAACUUGAUUCUCAAUACAAAAGUACUCUUGAUGGAGAAAAACAACUUUAUGCUAGAAUAUUAGAUUAUGCCAAGAAGGAAAAACAAGCUGCUCCUAAUGAAUUGGUUAAUAUAAGAAAGAGAGUUGAUGACUUAAAUUUAUCUAUGUUAAAAUUAAAGAAACAACGAGUAAAAUUAUCAGAAGAAAUGGGAGAUAUUUUAAGAACACUUCCAUUAGUUGAUCAACAACAUAUUAUUGAUGAAUUAGGAUUACAAAAGAAAAUUGAUUUAUAUAAGAAUGUAAUGGUUAUUUUAGAUAAAGAAAAGAAACAGAAAGCAAAAGAAGAUAAAAUUAUGUUUGAACUUGAUGUUCGUGAUGCUAUUGAAAAGGCUAAUGAAAAAACUCAAGUUGAAAUUGAAGUUGCCAAUGAACAAAAGAAAACAUUUUAUGUUAAAAUUACUGAAGCACAAACAAUUGCUGAUAAAGUUCGUGAAUAUAUAAAAAUAUGGAAUAAACAAUUAAAACAACUUAAUGGAAAGAGUUUAUGUAAAUUCCAAAUUAUGGAAAGUCUUAAUCAAACUGCUAUUAAUGCACAUAAUGAAAUUAUUAAUAUGAGAACUGCUUUAAAAGAAGCUAAACAACAACGAAAACUUGUUUGGAAAACAUUAAAGAAUGGAAUGAAAAAGACUAUUAUAGAAUUAAAAGAUUUAAAGAAAUCAACACAAAAUAUUAAGAAACAAAAUAUUAUUAAAUUAGAAAUUAAUAAAGUUGAAAAAGAAAUUAAACAAAUUAAAAAAGUAAGUGAAUUAAAACCACUUGAAAAACAAAUGGAAAAUAUUGAAAGUCAAUUAUCUAAAGAAUUUAAUCAACUUAAUAUUCGUGGUAUUAAUUUAAUUAAGAAUUCUAAUUCUAAAUGUAAAGAUAGUCUUAUUGGACAUUUAGAUAAUGAGAAAGCAAUGAAAUUAUUCAAACGAUUAGAUCAUUUAGAAACAAAAUUUAAGAGAGUUUAA